GAGCGUCACUGGUCCGAAGGCGGGGAGGGAGCCGCGGCUGCUGCAGGAGGAGGAGGAGGGAGCGGCCCCUUGGCUCUUGCCUGCGCUUCCUUCUUCGCUCCGUCCGCCAUCGCCGCCAUGGGGGGCUCCCGCGACGACGAGUACGACUAUCUCUUCAAAGUGGUUCUCAUUGGGGACUCCGGAGUUGGCAAAAGCAACCUCCUCUCUCGCUUCACGCGUAACGAGUUCAACCUGGAGAGUAAAAGCACCAUCGGUGUAGAGUUUGCCACCCGGAGCAUCCAGGUGGACGGCAAGACCAUCAAAGCUCAGAUCUGGGACACGGCUGGGCAGGAACGAUACCGAGCCAUCACAUCUGCCUAUUACCGUGGUGCCGUGGGGGCCUUACUGGUUUACGACAUUGCCAAGCACCUCACCUACGAAAACGUGGAGCGGUGGUUGAAGGAGCUGCGGGAUCACGCCGACAGCAACAUCGUCAUCAUGCUUGUGGGGAACAAAAGUGACCUCCGUCACCUGCGAGCCGUUCCAACAGACGAGGCCCGAGCCUUCGCAGAAAAGAACGGCCUGUCAUUUAUCGAAACCUCUGCUUUGGACUCUACAAACGUGGAAGCUGCUUUCCAGACCAUCCUGACUGAGAUUUAUCGCAUUGUGUCGCAGAAACAGAUGUCAGACAGACGCGAGAAUGACAUGUCUCCAAGCAACAAUGUGGUGCCCAUCCAUGUUCCUCCAACCACGGAAAACAAACCAAAGAUGCAGUGUUGUCAAAAUAUAUAAGAAGUUCAACUCCUGGAAAACGGUGUAUAUUCCCCCGGAUCUGAACGGAAGUAGAGUUUGAGCUGACAUUAUUUUUUCUUUUUCUCUCUCGUUCUCUACUCUCUCUUCCCCCUUUUUUCCCUCUCCAUCACAUUUUGCCUUUAUUUUAUUCUCCUCUCUCCGUUUCCUCAUCAUUUUGUCACCGUUUUCUCCUUGUCUUCCACCUCAGUUCUGUGACUCAUCUCUUUUCACACGAGGCUGCAGCAUCAUUUGAAAUGCUCGCGUCCUGCAAGGCAAACCUGGUUAACCGAUCACAGUGGAUCGCCUGCCUGGCUCACCUCGGGAAGGAGCAGAGGUGGCUUCUGUCAAAGCGUCCCCAGUUCAGACACCCCCGUCAACACAACGGCAUGAUUUGAUAACUCCCUUGUCCACUAUGGCCUCAGUGCUUAGAUGCCGUCUCUCUCUCUCUCUCUCUUGGCCUUCCACGUCCCCAGGGCCCUGCAGACUACAGCUCCCAUCAUCCCCUCUAGCCCCACUGUUGGCCCGAGAUAAUGGGAGGUGUAGGAAAAUGGGUCUGGAGAAAGCUAGGUUGAGAGAGCCAUUCGUUCAUCCGGUGGGCAAUGGAUGGCCUGGGCCCUUGGGUCAAAAAAUGCAAAUUGUUCGUUGGGUUGACUUUCUGUCUGGCCAGAACUGUGAUCCUGUUUGGAAGACCCAAGUCGGGGAGGAUAACCUCCGGGAACAGCUGGGCCUAAUGGAUUAGCAUCCAUGAGCAGGGCCUGUGGUCUCACUUUUGGAAUUGGCUUUGUUGAGGCCACACCCGCGUCGCCUUUCGAGGGUUUUUUAUUCAUGAUUGAGCAGACGGGUGACGUCUCCCCUUGCAAGCAAGGAGAGGAGGAUCAAUCCUCUGGCUGACAAGGCCACCGUGCGAAUUAAAUUAUUGCAGCCCACCCGGCUCAGGCCCAACAUCUGUUGCUGGAUGCUGGAUGAUGCCACAUAGUUAACCCUAAGAGGGAAGUGCCACCUCGCUUCGCUUGCUAGUCCCUGUGGCUCGUCGUCUGUGGCAUUUAGUUGUGUCGCACAAUCUAGUGUGGGCCCUGGGGGGCGGGGAAUCAUUUUGCAUGUUGCACAUGUACAGGUGAUGGAGAAGGCUUGGAGAUUGGGCGUCGCAGCUCCCAAGAAACUCAGACUUUUUAAUGAGAAUUGUCAGCAAAACUGGCACUGAUGCAUCCUCCCCCCACCCAUUGCCCCCCCCCCCCUUGGCUCAAACUGGUUUAGUUUCUCGGGAGGGGUGGGGGUGGGGGGGCAGUUCCUGGCCUGGAAGCCCUUGAAACUCUUCAGUUGCACACUAAAAGCCCCCAAGUGAUUGAGCCCUUCUGGGUUUCCAGAGGACAUUCCUUCGCAUCUCACUCCCCCAGGCAGCCUUACGGUUUGCAGCCCACACUGCCUGUCCGUCUGCAGCACUGUUCGAAAGAGGGGUUAGGGUGUGCACACCAGCACACACACAAUUGUGCAGUCUUUGGGAAGCCCAGCUGAAGAGGAAAGAGUCCCUGGUUUAUAGGGAGAAGGGAAGGAAGGAAGGAAGGAAGGAAGGAAGGAAGGAAGGAAAUGCUUCUUGCAGAUCUGUUCUUCCUGCUGCGUUGAAAGCUACUCCACUCGGCUUGUCUGCCAGUCUUGCAGUGCUCAUGACGUGUAAGGCGCACCGAGGGCAUUGCUGUAGUCCAGUCAUCUUUUGUUUUUGUUUUCUUUCUCCAGAGUGUUGUUAUUUUUCCGCACACUUUUUUUUUUUUUGGGUUCUUUCCCUUCUCGCACCCACUUUUUUUUUUUUUUAAAUUGCUUUGUACUGUUAUGCACAUUCUGUACCGAGUAUUUUUUAAUAUUGAUUUAAAAUUAUUCAUUUUUGGAAUUCUAAUAAAAGAAUCACAGGGGAUUGUUCAGAGGUUGUGGAGUGAACUUACUUGGAAUUAAAGACUCUGAUGGGCCUUUGAGGUUUAAAAAAAAAAAGAGGGGGGGGAAGAGGGCCCUUGAGCUGCGGGAAGAUCAUUGGAAUUAACGUGUCAAUAAAUUACGCGGAUCGACUUGA